CCAAAAACAGCUGUUUGUUGUCAAAUUUUUCCAUUAGAAAAGAGGACGACGCUUCUUGUUAUAUUUGUUUAAAAGAUUGUUUUCGUGAUUAAAAUGGAAUAUAAAUUAAUUGAAUUUAUUAAAAAUAACCCCGUUUUAUAUGAAAAACAAUAUCGCACUAUUAAAUAUUUAGAUGAAAAAAAGGCGAAAUGGCAAGAGAUUGGCAGAAUUUUGCGUAAAGAUCCCGCUACGGUGCGCCAGAAAUGGAAACAUUUGCGAGACACAUAUUUGCGUUCCUACAAACAGAAAAUGAAAAAGGGCGAUGAUGGAGAUGUGUUGUCCACUAGAACCUGGCAAUAUUAUAAUGCCAUGUCGUUUCUGAACAAUCAAUUUGAUGACAAUGUUAUUUUUAAAACCGAAGAAAACUAUGAUGAUGAGACUGAAGCUGCUAUCACAAAUUUAAAUCAAACCGAAGGAGAGGUACAACAAUUUGAUGUUUCAAUCUACCAAGAACAAGAACUUUCGAAUGAAGCCGAUUUCGAAAUCGAAAAUUUCGAUUUAAAUGAUUAUGUGAAAAAGAUAGAUCAACCCACUACGCAAAACACUAACACCUCCAACACAGCCAAUACCGCCAACACCACCUCCAGCGGUGGUAGUAGUAACUAUGUCCACAGCUAUCGUCCUGAUAACGAAUUAAAUAAAAAGAAAAAAUAUGAUAAAGAGGCCUUAAUUCAGGAGGCCUGUUCAGAAAUGACCAGCUUAUUGCAAAAUGCCAAAAAACAUUUUACACCGCCCUCCUCGAAUCAAGUAUUUUUCAAUUCUUUGGCUCUGCAGGUGGAAGAAGCCAAUUUGCCCGCUUUAACACAAAUGCGUUUGCAGCAAAGAAUACUGGAAAUGGUUACUCUAGAGAUUGUUAAUCAUCAGCAGAGUAAUAAUAUACAACAACUAUAACAUUUUUUUAAGAUUUUUUUUUUAAUUUUUUAUUGAUUAUGUUUAUUAUAUAAAUAUUCUUUUAAUAAAUCUCGGUUAGCAAACGCUUCUUCUCUAGCAUUACUUUCAUAGUA